CAGGCCCCGGGCCUGCUUAUGAAAACUUGUGUUUGGCCUCCUGCACUCUCCGUCCCCCCGUUCCGUGAGCCCCGCUGCCGUUCAGCCUCCUGGUGCGGACGGGGAGCUUUCCAGCUAGGCCCAGGCGUGCGGUGCGGCACGACAGAGCCUGGUGACGACCUCUGCGGAGAGGAAAGGGCAUCAUAACCUGUCAGAGGGAAAGUUUUUUUGUGAAGAAAUGGCCUCCAGCAUUGGAAAUGAAAAGAGUGUGAAUCCUGUGCUGAGAAUAAGUCAGCUUGAUGCUCUUGAACUAAACAAAGCCCUGGAACAACUAGUGUGGUCCCAGUUUACCAGCUGUUUUCAUGGAUUUAAACCAGGGGUGUUGGCUCAUUUUGAACCAGAAGUAAAAGCGUUUUUAUGUCUUAUACUAUGGAAAUUCACCAUCUAUUCCAAGAAUGCAACAGUGGGACAGGCUAUUCUCAAUAUUCAAUACAAGAAUAACUUAUCUCAGACAGAUAAAUACCAGCCUCUGAGCAAACACCAGAAGUUAUGGUAUCUUAUUUUCACUGUUGGUGGAAGAUGGUUGGAAGAAAGAUGUUAUGAUUUAUUUAGUAAUCGUCAACAGCAAUCUUUCUGCAAAAUUAAGAGCUAUAUUAGUUUUGGAUCUGGACUUCUCAAACUUUGUGGACUCAUAAAUUUUCUGAUUUUUCUUCGGAAAGGAACAUUCGCAACACUUACAGAACGCAUUCUAGGAAUUAGGUCAGUUUUCUGUAAGCCGCAAAGUGUUCGUCAGAUAGGAUUUGAAUACAUGAAUAGGGAGCUCUUAUGGCAUGGCUUUGCUGAAUUUUUGAUAUAUCUGCUACCACUCAUUAAUGUACAGAAACUGAAACUUAAAAUUUCCUCUUGGUGCUUGCCUAUUGUAGGUCUUUCCAAUAGUGAAAACACAUUAGCAGCUCACUGCAAGGAAUGUUCACUAUGUGGGGAAUGGCCUACCAUGCCACAUACCAUAGGCUGUCCACAUGUGUUUUGUUACUACUGUAUUAAAAGUAAUUUUUUAUUUGAUAUGUAUUUUACAUGUCCUAAAUGUGGCUCAGAGGUACACAGUCUUCAGCCAUUGAAGUAUAAAAUUGAAAUGACAGAGUUGCGUGUGUGAUAUGAGGUUGAUUUAGUUGUUUUAUACUGUGCAUGAUAUAUAUUGAAGAGAUUAAUGGAAGAAUUCGGGAAAUUAUUGAAAGCAGACUGCCUAAAGAUGGUUUUGGAGACUCUGUAAUUUAUUGUAACAUGUAUUUUUACUGGUCUUGGGUUUUUAUUGAGUAACAGUGCCAUAAUGCCCUACCCCAGUUGGCAGGUUAUGGGAAAGUAGUUGGAUUUGCUCUGGGUGGAGUGUGGGAGAAACAACAACAUUCUCAGGAGGUACAAUAAGAACUUUUACUUGCAAACUUCAGAACAUUCCAAUUGAAUAAGGCACUUGGCAAACUUUGACUUAGCAAUCUUUAACUUAUCCAGACACAGUGCCAUUACCAACUUAGCUAGUAGAUGGAUUUAGUGGGAAAGUUAGUAUUUUCGUGCCUAAAAAAUAAUUUUAAAUUUGAAUUCCCAGUAUGAUGCUACACUAAAAAAAACCCAAAUAUGUAAAAAAAGGCUUAAGGAAAACGGUGCACUUUCUAGCCCUUCAUGAGACGAAAUCUAAUUUUCUCUGGCAACUAUGUCUCUGAGCUUUAAUUACAUAUAUAUUGUCUUUUACCUCUUCCCUUAGAAGCUGGGGGAUGAAACCCAUCAUCCAUUGGAAUGUGGCAGCUGUUCAGGUUAACCCACAUUCUUCUGAGUUAGAGACACUGAAGAAAACUGUUUACUCGUAGGAUGCUGUCUGUAGGAAUUGCCAUUCAUGGGGGUUUUUUUGGUGUGGUCUUGGUGGGUGCCAAAUCUCAGAGUUCACUUCCACACAGAACACAGUUAUGUGCAUGUUAACAUACUAAAAUAGAUAAUUUCCUGCUUUUUGCAUUCAUAUUUGCUUUCUUAGUUGGCUUUGCAAUGUUUUAAUUGUUCUAACACUUCAUCCAUUUACUCUUCAAUCUGGUUUUAUAAGAUUA